UCUCACGCCUCUUGGCUUCCCCUAUAUCACCGCUACAAGAGGUGACAAAUGGUUUGGAUUGGUGAAUUGGUGGAUUGGAUUGGUGGAUCCACAAAUGGAUUGGAUCCAACGAAUUGGUGGAUUAUCCAUGAAUCCACAUGACAUCUUAAACCAAUGACCAAUAUGUAAAAUGCAAAAUGUUUAGAUACUAAAAUGUCAUAAUGAAAAUUUUAAGGUACCAAAAUAUAAUUUUCAGUGAUAUUUUCGUAUAAAAAUAUAAAUUUUAUGUACCAAAAUAUAAAAAGAAAGAUUAUAUGGACUAAACUGUAUUUUGUCGAUGAUCCAUGAAUCCAAGUAGAUUUGGAUAACAUGGAUUUGAUUUAAAUGGAUUGGAUUAGUUGGAUAUUUUUAAUGGAUUGAUGAAUUGGAUUGAGAAUUGUCACCUCUCUCUAACUGCUACUCUCCCCUCUUCACCGACAAUCCAUCCCCCAAGUGGCGCAAGACGGUGAAAUUCCCCUUGGGACAAAAACUCCAUUGCCGGACAAAGCUGCCCUAUAAUCCACCGGCUCGGCGGAGAGAUCAAUCCAGGGGUAUCUCUUCAUCCCGUCCAAAUGGUACCAGAGCAUUUAAGUAUAGUUGCUUAUGAGAUUUGGGUGAUGGAUUUGAUACCCAAAUUCCAAGCAUUAUGUAGUUGUAAAAAAAAAAAUUGUUUGUUGAAGUACACAAAUUAAUGGUCCAUGAAUUUGAAUUUUUUUAGCUCUAAAUCUGUGGACCCCACACGUAUUUGCAAAUAUCACAUUUCAUAACGUUAUUAUUUUCUCUCUGAUGGCGAAAUGGAUAAACAGACGAUUUUCGUGUACUGCAGUGCAAUUUACCAGUGACACAGUGAGAAAGAAAAUAAAACGGAACACAGUGCAAUUUAUCUCUUCCCAGCUCUCGUCUCGCAUGCCCUUUCUUCCUCCGACCGCCGCGGUUUCUGCCCUUCCCGCCCGUCAUUCCUUUGCCGCCGUUACUUGCCUCCCCAUCCAGAGGGCUCCGUUUUCCUGUCCUUUGGCCGCGCUAGUUCUCUCCUGAAGAAGGGCAUUCUCAGCAGGCUGAAGCUGAACCAGGUCUAUACAUCACCAAUUCUGAGCUUCGGAACUCUCGCCUAAUUGCCUUUUCCUUAGAAGCUACAAUUACUGCUGUUAAUAGCGUAAGGCCUGUUUUCUAUAGCUUGAAAUCGAGAUUUUUUUUUUCAAAUAACGUCUGCUUGGCGGUCAGCUGACUUCACGUUUUCCCGUCGUGUUCGUGUUCGAAGUUUUAUUUCUUUGAAUUGAUAUUCUAAAAAUGUUUGUCUGCUUGUCUAGGCGGACUUGCGCGCUAUGUGUUCGAUGAAUUGCCCCACUGAAAGUUGUGUCCUCAUUUCUUGAUUGUUGGUUUUCCUAAUCGUUCUCUGGCUGGAAUUCUGUAAAAUUGCAGAACGUUUGCUUUCAUCUGCUGAAAACAUUGCCUGUCAACUGAUAAUAGCUGCUAGGUGGGUGAACUUUCUCCGCUGCUGGAUGCCCCACUAAUCGUCUGUGACUCUAUCCUUCCAUUUGCCAUCUUCUCCUCCAUCACCAUUAACGUAGUUCGGAGAUGCUGUCUUCAGCAAUUUCCCGCCUCAAUUUCCUUCCGAAGCCCUCUAUCGCUAUUUUAUCUCACGAAGGCUUCAAACACUGCGAGCAGCGGUUGUGGAAUCUAAAUCGCUCUCUCCUUUACUCGCGCUCCUGCGUUGCUUCCACUCCCCGUGUUUCCUCCUCCUGUGCACCCACUCGGGCGUCUAAAGACGACUUGGUUGUUCUCGGCAUUGAGACUAGCUGUGAUGACACUGCAGUCGCUGUUGUUAGAAGCAACGGCGAAAUCCUGAGCCAAGUUAUAUCUUCUCAGUCAGAGUUGCUUGCUCGAUAUGGAGGUGUUGCUCCCAAAAUGGCGGAAGAAGCUCAUUCCCUGGUGAUUGAUCAGGUUGUGGAGGAAGCACUUGAUAAAGCUAAUCUUACUGCAAACAAUCUAUCUGCAGUUGCUGUUACCAUUGGUCCUGGUUUGAGCCUUUGUCUACGUGUUGGUGUGCGGAAAGCUCGUAAACUUGCUGGUGCAUUCAACCUACCAAUCAUUGGUGUCCAUCAUAUGGAGGCUCAUGCUCUUGUAGCCAGGAUCAUUGAGCACGAUUUGCAUUUUCCUUUCUUGGCCUUGCUUAUUUCAGGAGGGCAUAACCUGCUUGUUCUUGCACGCGAUCUUGGCCACUAUAUACAACUUGGGACCACAAUAGAUGAUGCAAUUGGAGAGGCCUAUGAUAAGACUGCAAAAUGGCUUGCUCUCGAUUUGAGGAAGAGCGGAGGACCAGCUUUGGAAGAACUUGCUAAAGAGGGGAAUGCUCAAGCUGUUAAAUUUUCGACACCAAUGAAGCAACAUAAGGACUGCAACUUCUCAUAUGCUGGUCUGAAGACUCAAGUCAGACUGGCUAUUGAAUCCAGAAAUAUAAAUCCUGAGAUUCCUAUUUCUGCCGCUAGUAUUCAAGAAAGAAGCUCCCGAGCUGAUAUAGCAGCAUCUUUUCAGCGAAUAGCAGUAUUACAUUUAGAGGAAAGGUGUGAACGGGCAAUAGACUGGGCAAGGAAGAUUGAUCCCUCAAUAAAACAUCUGGUGGUCUCUGGAGGGGUUGCCUCAAACAAGUAUGUUAGGUCUCGACUUUACACAGUAGUCGAGAAGAACGACCUGAAACUUGUAUGCCCUCCUCCUAACCUUUGCACUGAUAACGGUGUAAUGGUGGCUUGGACGGGAAUCGAGCACUUCCGCAUGGGAAGAUUUGAUCCGCCACCACCUGCUGAUGAACCUGAAGAUUUCGUGUAUGAUCUGCGGCCAAGGUGGCCCCUGGGGGAAGAGUAUGCUGAAGGAAGAAGUGAAGCACGCUCUCGUAGAACAGCUCGGAUUCAUCCAUCUCUGACUUCUAUAAUUCAAGGCUCGCUUCAACAGCAGUAAUACCCGCUAAGAAGAGCAAGCAGCCUUUUUACCUGAUCUGGCUUAGUAGCUGCCGUUGCUUGUAUAAUAAGUCAUUUUGCCUUCUCUAGCAGCAUCCAACACCUGCAAACUGAAUGAAAUUUGGAGCUUCUUCAUCAAGUCGACACCAGGAAUCCGAGCAAACCGACCGUACAUGUAUAAUAUAUAUAUAUAUAUAUGUAAUUUAUGGGUCGUUUGGAAUGCAUAUUUGAAAGUGUUAUUUGCGGUUAAUUCCCAUAUAUAAUGUCGGAUUUGGGUGCAGAUACUAUGUAUUUCGCAAAUACUAAUCCUCCCCUAGUGUUUGGAGAAUAACAUAUUUGUGGUAUUCUGUUUCUUAAUUCAUAUGGUUACAAUAGUUAUUUAUCUAUUCUUGUUAUCUUCCUACUUUUACUCACUAUGUUCUUCGUUGCUACGAUUUUAAUGUUGACCGUUGGGGUGUAGAUGGAUCACCUUGCUAUAUUCCACAUAUCAUAUUAUUCCUUCCUCUAAUAGAUCGGAUCCACCACGCCGAAUUAAACCUAGAGUUCAGUGGUUGAACUUGAACACACACAAUUUUUUUUCCUCUAAACGAUCACUCAUAAAAAGAGGAUACAGAAUCGAUCCAAGUUUACAACCAAACUAUCUACUAUUGUACCAGGCUACAUAAUCAAACCCCCUUUGAAAGGGAGGUGAUAAACUCAGAGCAUGACG